CUUGGUCAUGCGCACUUCCCGUCGGGACGCACGCUCCCGAGUUGGCGAUAGCGUCCGUGGCACCUAAAGCGAGGUAACCUUCAGCCCCUUAAGGCGUGGUAUGUUGAAACCAUUCCUCCCCCAGAAUCUCGACUUGUCUAUUCCAUUCAUUUAUUCUCGACUGUAGUAGAGUCUAAACAAUUGAACUGCAAUAUGAGUCUCGGGCUCCAAGGCUGAUUGAUUGGCCCACUGUCCCUGUCUUAGCUUCUGUAUCCCCCCUAGCUUGGCCUUGUCCCCUCUCCCAUUUUGUCUUUCGCUUCUCCUCGUCAACCAACUUCCAUUUGCGCGACCACCAAAUUAUUACCCAACCCAACUUACUCUUUAUCCUUGACGUGGUUGAUCUCUCUCUCUCCCUUUGUUUUUUUUUUCUGGUUGUCUUCUUUUCCUUCUUUCUCCCUUCUCUGUCUUCCACGCGACAACCGGAAGAUAAACCCACUUGGCUCAAUCUAAUAUUCCUAGUACAGCCACCGCGAUCCACCAUCACCACUUCCACCAAACGAGCUAAUAUCCCCAGAGAGAAUCCUCCCUCAUCGUGACACUUUUUUACUCAUCCCUUAUUCCAAGGGUGAGAAGCCGCGCCACCCUUUGUCUGCGCGAGACACUAUCGUCGACCCGCGAGACACAGCAUCGCGACCGCUGCCUCCCUUGACAUCCACUUCUUUUUCUUGACUCGACCUAGAGUCCGUCGCCCUAGCCAUGGAUUUUGACUCGGCUGAUAUUCCCCCUAUCCCUAUGCGCGCCCAUAAUCACCACGCUCAUUCUCGACGACGCUCUCUCCAAGGCCCCUCCUCGUCAAAGCGCAACUCCGGUCUUCCUCCCGCCAGUCCGGAAGUCAUCUCCAACCUCAUCACCAGCCUCAGCGUCAUCUCGAAGCCUGCAACAAACCAUUUCGAAGCGUCGCCGACGAGUCUGUCACUGCCCGCGAGUCCCGGGAAUGGUAGCUUUGGUGUGGACUACGGAGCGUUUCAUCAGCCUAGCCUUGACGACCUGAGACAAGACCCCGUAUCACUCGACGAACUCGCCGCUUUACCUCCUGUCAUACGCACCUCGAAACCUCCCAGCGGUUAUUCACCUUUGACUGCGACAAAGAGCCCGAGAAGUCCAAGAAGUCCAAGCCGCGAGGGUUCCGGGGGACUGCGAUCGUUUAUUCGAAAUAGUACAUCCCGACCGUCGUCAAAAGGAUCUUCAGCUGCAUCGAAGAACGAUGAUGCCCAGAGUAUAGGGAACCUUUCGAUCGAACGUCGCGGCGCCUCGACCCCCGAGUUGAACCAUAAACAAUCGCACGAUAGCUGGGGUAGAAAAACAUCAAGGAGUCAAAAGGGCUUGAUGUACAUGAGUUCCAAGGAGCGCCUGCGGGAGAAGGAAGCCGAGAGGAAGAGGGUUUCGGGCGGAGUUUCGGCUUCGUCGUCUGGUGCUCUUCCUGGCGAAAGUGUUCACAGCGGUGGGCGCAGCGAUCCAUUCUUUGCUGAGACUGCCAUCCGUGAAGAGUCACAUUACGAGCUGCCAAUCGAACGCCCGAUGGAUGCACCUUGCGCUAUUCCCGCGCGAAACUCGAGUCUUGCAAAGACGGGUCCGCAGAAGAGACCAAGCGCGAGGAGAUCAAGACGGGAGGAUGGUACGACUAAUGAUGUGAUUCCAGAAGGCGAGGAACACAGAACUCGAGAUCGGGAGUCAAGUCGAAGGAAGCAGAGUCAUUCGGGACAUGUCCAGUCGAGGUCAUCCACCAGAUCACCCGUUUAUGGCCUCAAGGAUGCUUCUCCGUCAAAGAGUACCAGUGUGGCAGGCAGAAGUUUCCUCGACGUGAAUGACGGCUUCAGCGACGAAGAGGAUGAGGGCGCACCAUUUCCUGCUGUCGCUCAAGGCCGGAAGCGGGAUCAGAGCAAUGACCGCAAUGAUCGGAGACGAUCCGGACGGCAGAGCCCGGCACCAAAUGAGGCUAUCAAGGUUAAGCGCAGCAGCUCCCGACUAAAGCGUUUGUCUGCACCACUGAAUCACAAAGUCGACGAACGAGCCCGCGAUUCACCCAGUCCCCAACCAGUCCAGAACCAUGCUCCGGCUGGUUACGAGCGCCCUCAAUCCGCCGACUCUGUUGAUGAUGCUGUCGAGUCUUACUUAUGCUCACCACGUUUGUCGCAGAAGAUCCGACAUCCUCAAACAGGUCGCGUUAUAUCCUUCUCAGAAGUCGGUGACUCUGAAGGUUCUGCAGUCUUUUGCUGCGUCGGAAUGGGAUUGACGAGAUACAUCACCGCCUUUUAUGAUGAGUUGGCACUGACGUUAAAGCUGCGGCUUAUUACCCCGGAUAGACCGGGUGUUGGCGAUAGCGAGCCUUAUUCUGAUGGCACUGCUACGCCGCUGAGUUGGCCAGAUGAUGUUUAUGCUAUUUGCCAGACCCUCAAGAUCACAAAGUUCUCUAUUCUCGCUCACUCCGCCGGCGCCAUUUACGCUCUUGCUACAGCACUUCGAAUGCCUCAACAUAUCCGCGGUCGAAUACACCUCCUCGCGCCGUGGAUCCCUCCCUCCCAAAUGAACGUCUUUGGCACCUCGCAAACUCUCCCUCCAACCAACGCUAUCCCUACCUCGCAACGAAUUCUCCGAGCACUCCCGACGCCAAUCCUCAAGGCUGCAAAUAGCAGCUUCAUGACCGCGACGAGUAGCUCAAUCACCAGUUCAUUACCCAAAACACCACGACGAGGAAAGCGAAAGAAUAAUGGCGGACGAGACAGUACAGCUAGUUCGCGUAAUGUUACGCCGAGCUUGGAUAAAGAGAACGUGUAUAACAAAUCACCCGGUCACGGCGACACGGAGUUGGAACCUCCCAAUGCCUCCGAGAAUAUGGACAGAAUGAGCAUUCCGCAAGGUACAAGAGGUGAUUCGGAUAUUAUCGCAGCCGCAGCCGACGCCAUGGCAGAUAAGGAACGCCAAAUGACCUACGACCUCCGAUUAACGCACGCUAUUUGGGAACUCGCCACAACAGGUGCAAAUCCCGCCGUCGAUCUGCUCGUCUGCCUCGAGCGUCGUCACACAAUCGGUUUCCGCUACGUCGACAUCACAAGACCCGUCGUCAUCCACCACGGCAGUAGAGACACUCGCGUCCCCGUCGAUAACGUAAAAUGGCUCGGCAAGACAAUGCGACGCUGCGAAGUUCGUGUUCUCGAAGGUGAGGGCCACGGUCUCAUGGCUAGCGCGAGUGUGAUGGGCUCUGUGCUUAUGGAGAUGAGUAAAGAGUGGGAGGAUUGGAUGAAGGUCACGGGCUCAGAUGGGAGAAAAGAUCGUGAGAGGGGACGAAGAGGGACGCUCGUGCGAUAACAGUAAUGUUUUUAACAUACUUGUCCGAUCGGUCGGUCGGUCUUGAUACCCCAGAGACGGGCUUCAUGCUUGGUUUGGUUGAGGGACCAAGGUUGGAGUAUGAUAUCUCGUUUGUUUCUUAUAUAACAUUAAUCUCGGGGACUGCCAUGUCCCAUGUAAUGUCUUUUACAUAUCAACGCUUAAUGAUAGCUUCUCUCAAUGAUACCUUCACGCUUCUACUUUAAUUAAUUAUCCCUCCGCGAGCAUUCUCGUCCAAUCAAACUUCCGCCAUCCCUUCUUGAAGCCAUCCACUCUAGGAUCGCCCCUCAUCCAGCGCCCUUGCUUCUUCAUAACAUGCGGCUCCGCAUCAACAAUGCCCCCCAGGACUUCACGCGCGAAAAGAUCGCCCUUUGGCCAGCGACCCGCAUCUUCAACAACAUGGCCCAAUCCACCAUCUAGCGUAAACCACACGUGAAAAUACGGCAUCUCCUUCGCGAUACAGCGUCUAAACGCGGAGCGGCCCAUGCCGUCGCGCGCUUUCGCACCUGUGUCGAUGAUCUUGCGAUGCUGACUCCACUCUUCAUCGGAUGACAGGAACGCCUCUUUGAAGUACGCGGGAGCCGUGGCGCCUUCUUCGUAGGGUAUCGGGACGGCGACCAUGGCUGCGUGCAUGCGCCGAUGGGGCUGCGCCGCGUUUUCGUAGAAUACGACCUCGCGACCUUGUUCGUGAUACAUGCGCGUGAGACUCUUCAUGAAGUUUCGUAUUUCCUCCCACUCAUCGUCAUCGCACUCUAAAAGAUUCGCGCGGUGUGCGAGAGGGACGAUGACGGCGCCGCCGGGGGAGAUCUCGGGUUCGGUCGCAAGGGUGAGGAAGGCGCGUGUACCGAGGGCGAUGACGGGUGCGAGGGGCGGUUGGUUCUUGUCUUCGUGGUGGCACAGGGGACAAUUGUCCAGUGCGCGAGACAUCUUCUGGAACUCGGAUACGGCCAUGUUCUUGAGAUUGAUGUCGGAUUUGUGCAGGCGCUUGGCGAGCUUUUCGGCGUUUUCGUCCAUGUAAUCCAGAUCGUUAUCGAACUUACCGUCUUUUGCGAUGCGUUCUGCUAGACGGAGACCUUCGCCGCCUGCUUGGUUCUUCGUGCGACGUUCCUCGCGAACCAUAUCGUCAAUUGUCAUUUCUGUGUUCUCUUCCACGUUUCCGCGCUCGCGACCGCGUUUGUUGGUGAUGGCUUUAGCUUCGUUACGCGUACCGGCGAGCUGGCGAUUGUCCAUUACGCUAAGAACGACGGCUUCGGGGUUGGAUUGGGCUGUGGCGAACAUUGCUGCGGCUUUGUUGUAUUCUUCUUCGAGCUGGGCGGCAUUCGGGGCGCGACGGAGCUUGGCUUUCAUCAUUUGGGCACGGAGACGGUUGAGGGCGGUUUGAUCCAUCACGGGAGUUGAUUGGGGAUGCGUGUCGGGAAUUAUUGUACCUUGUUCGGGUUCGGGAGGUGGUGAGUCUUUGCGUUGGUUCUUCAUUCUCUCACGGUAGAGGUCGCCCGUUGGCUUGUCGUGGCCCUUGUAGUCUUUACCGUAGAUCUUGCGUCGUUCCAUCUCUUCCUUCUCUUCUCGCGCGUCGUCGAAGUAGCGUAGAUCGCCAAAACGUUCCAUGGCGACGUCUUCAAUUGGACGACCGCUUUCUUCAGCCGCUGUGUAGGCAGCUUUGAGCUUUGUCAUUCGCCAUGAAGAGCCAGCGUCGCCGAAAGUGUAAUUUACAGUUCGUUCGGUUGGAAUGUUGAGCUCAUCGAUGGACUUGCCCUCGUUGAUGUCUUGGAUAUGGGUGUUAAUCUCGCGCUUUGAUACGACACGCUUUGGCUCGGGUUUUGGAGGCGGCGACUUGUUCUUGUCGGGUCGGUGGAUAUAGUCGACCUCGAUGGAGGAGGGGGCUGUCAUCCAAGAGUCUCGCUGGAGGGAUCUCGAUCGGUCGACUGGGUCUUGGCUGGCUGGCUUCUCCUCGUCGGGGAUGGGGAGAUCUUCUUUGGGGUCUGUUGUCUUGCGAUGGCGGUCGUCGCCGUGUCUUCGCGAUCGGUGGUUGUCUUCGUCGUCGCGUGAAUGGCGCGAGCGUUUAUUUCGGUGACCAUCAUCUUCUUCAUCGUUUCUCCGACGAUGGCGAUGUCUAUGUCCGUCUCUAUCUCUGUCUCUGUCUCGAUCCCGGUCUCUUUCGCGUUCUGAGUCGUGUCGAUGAUGAUGUCUAUGUUUGCGAUGUCGCUUUUCGUCGUGGUCGCGUUCUGCUCGCUCCCUCUCGGCCUUCUCAGCGGCCAGCGACUUUUCAAAUUCGUCCAGGCCUUCCAUCUUGAAGUUGUGAAGCUGUGGUAGGUGCACAAUUCAAGUGUUGAUGGAAAAGAAUUGUUUGGGUGGACUGAG